AUGUAUAUUGUUUUUAUUUUUCAAGGUAUUACACAUGCAGACAUUACUGAACUUGGUAUCAUUCGCAGUUUAGCUCGUUUCUUUUAUGAUACACGUAUUCGUCCAAAUAACAACAAUACGCGUUUAGUUAAUGAAGAUGAAUACUUGACUACAGAUUAUACUAUUGAUAAUCUUUAUGAAUUAGCAUAUCCUGAAUAUAAUGCAUUACAAGUAGCAUAUUAUUCACUUCCAUUUAAAUUUAUUGUUGAUUUUAUCAUUACACAAAAUGUUCUGACUGAUUUUGAUGACCAAACAAAAAAACUUUCGGAGGCACAUUUUGAUAAUGAAUUAUUUAUGAAUGCCAGUAAACGUAUUCUUCAAUUUCGACAAAUAAUCAUCAAUAAUAUACGUGAUGUCAAUGAAGAUUUGACUAAUGCACGUCAAAUACUUGGUCAAUCACUUCAUACAUUACAAGAUUUUUAUUCACAUUCAAAUUGGAUUGAAAUGGGUAAAACUGAUAUUAAUGAACUUAUUGGUUUCAACGAAAUUAUUGGUUCAGUUGCUCGACCUAAUCAAGCAACAUGUACAAAUAAUGGUUGUACCAAAAUAGAAAAACCUUGUACUCUCUGGGAAAAAAUUACUGUGGGUAUCUGUCCACUUGUAUAUUAUGAUUGUAAAAACAAUAUUCUACCAGAAAUCAAUAAUCAGCAAUUACUUACAAGUGGUUAUACUGGAAAUGGUCUUAGUGAAAAUAACGAAGUGCUUGAAAAGCCAACAAAUGUUGAAAAAUGUUCUCAUGGUGGAGUGCUUGAUGAAUCAUCACACACACCAGCUGUUGGUGGAAUCAAUAAAGAUUCCUACAGUUUUGUCUUUUCACCUCAUUUUGAUCUUCAUAAACAAGCAGUCGAUUUAGCUAUAAAAGCAACUGAGCAAUUUCUCAAUGAUCUACGCCGAGAUAUAGGUGAUGAAAAUUUUGAUCGUUUUUUUAUUAUUAAUCCAACAGAAGCACAAUGUCAAAUAGCAUCAGAUUCCAUGUCUCAAGGAAAACGAUUUCGAUUCUUUAGAGGAAAUCUUUCAGCUCAUUUGAAAGAUGAUGAUCGUUGGUGGACAAAACUAAAAAGAUCAUUCACGAAUUUUUUUAGAUUAAACAAAUCGAUAUGGACUAGUGACUUCUUUAAGGAAGAAACUAUCAAUCAACCAACAUUUGAUCUUAGUGAUCAAGGAGUAAAUGUGAAAGAUGUGAAUAAUUUCCGUGCUGCACCAUAUGUUAUUGGAAAAGAAGAUGUGAGACGCAAGAAGCGUUCUAUAGAUCUUGCACGUAAACAUCGAUACUUAUAG